AUGGAUCCGCAUACGUCUUCGGCAUACUCGGCGUACUACGAACAGGAGGCGCGUCGCGGAGCGCCUGCUGCGGGCGGGCUGGGAGACUUCGCGGCGGGGGUUUUCUUCCCGCAGUCGCCGCGCUUCGUGCAGGCGCUGCAUCACGGCGCGCCAGACGCCUCGGAGGGGCGAUUCGACGCCGAGGAGAGCGGCGCGCGGCUGACUCGCGCCGCCCUCGAAGGCACCAUGCGCCUCGGAUCGACCGUGGGUACCGCGCUUCUCGAGGGCGGCGGCAAAAUCCUCGAGCGCGCCAACAUCAUCGGCGAAGGCCCCAAGCCGCUCCGCGCGCUCUGCUUCCUCGGUGGAAUCGCGCUUAUUGGCGUCUCCGCGCUCCAGAUCGUGAACAUCGUCUCAGCCGUCGGAAACCCGGCGUCAUACAUCCUCCAGUUCUUCCUCAUGAUGUUUGGCGUCGCGAUCUGCGUCGUGGAGGCGAAGGACUUGGAGCACCUGGAGCGUCUGAAGCCGUUCUUUGCGAACUGGUUCCGCUUCCUCACCGUGCCGCUCGGCAAGGGACUUUUCUACAUUCUCAUCGGCACCAUUUCGCUUUCGCUCUGGACGUCGAACUUCCUGCUGCUCUUUGUCGGCGGAUAUAUGAUUCUCAUGGGCAUCAUGUGCGUGAUGGUGCACUUUGGUCUUCGACAGCAGCUGCAACGCCGCGGAAUUGAUGUUUCUGAGUCGGAGGAAAGCACCGACCGAGUGCGAAUCGGCGAGCAGCUGGGCGCCAACCAGAUUCAGCAGACUCUUUUCAACCCUGCGUCUCGAUGA